UUCUUUGCCUGUCUUCCCGCGCUGCUUUUUCAUCUUUAGACUCUACACCUCUUCCUUUCGUGGUUGCUUACGCGAGACUUUCUCGCCUAUUGGUCUUGCUUGACAGCUCUGCAGCUCGCUACCCCUCAGCGAGGUGUGUCUACUACUGUCAGAUAUGUGCACUGGGGGGUGUGGAUAGCCUCGAUUUUACAAAUUCCGCAGCGCAACGGCUUCUUGUCUGUCAGAUAUCCAUCGAUUUUCCUCCGUUCUUUUCAAUACUUACUCGUUUGCUCGUCUCUUCCACUGCUCCUUAUCCUCCUGUCUUACUCAGAUUGCGCGCGUUUUCCUGAGUUAAACCUCCAGUUGCCCCCCCUUCGUCUCCAUAUAGAAGCCACAUAUGUCGGAGCCUCGUGGCAACGCGAUACUCUGAGACUUUCCCUGCCGGAACCAACCUUUUAGUUCUGCCUGUUUCACGUGUCUUACGAAACAGUUUUUCGAGUCUGCAGAUUCGCACCGCCGUUAAUUUUUAAGUGGGGCUUUUAGCAGAAAUUUCCCCGCGAAAAAGCUACGCAAAGACAACCCCAGAGUGUGUCGGGUGUCUUCAACGCGCGUCAGAGAUUAUCGGGGAAAAGUCUUUUCUUCUUCUUUUUCAUGGCAAGUCCCGCCUUUUUUUCCGGCUUGAGGCCCCUUGCUCCCUCUUUCGUCAAAAAGGCUCUUCAGCUGCUUGGCUUGUCCUGCCUGCAUACCCUCCGGCAUUGGUUUCUUUUCGUCGUUUCUCUCUCGAGUUCACGCGUCUGAAGCAUGGAAGGCACAGACGCUGCGGAUCCUUCGGAGCGGUCUCGUUCUGCAAGUCCUGCCGUUUCCGCUGUUCCCGCUCACUUCUCUGAGCACAGUUCCUGUCGAUCUCUGCCCUCCUGCGGUAGCGACCUCACUCAACGGCCCUGCCAGAGAGAGGCGCUGAAUGCUUCUUCGCGACUAGCGUCGCGGGAAAAAGCCAGCAGCUUUCCCGAGUCCGUGGCGAACUGUUCCUCUUCAGUCUGCUCACAAAGUGCAGGAAACACCACGCCAAAUGAUGCCUGGCACGCACUGGCGGCGGAACCCGGCUCGCUCGGGUGUACAUACACGCGACGCAGUCGGCUGUCUUCGGCGGAGGAGCUCGCAGAGUUGGUGCCCACAGAGCCGCCUUCGUCUCCGAGCGACUUCUAUGAAAGUAGUUCUUGUCACCGCUGUUCUUCGCCCUCUUCUCCUGUCUCUGCUGUGGACGGUGUCGUCCACCUGGCUUCUGCAUGCGCGGGAGCUUCCCCGGCGCGCGCGUCCCCGACGCGCUGCUCCGGAGAGAGUUACGCAGACGACCUGUCGUUUCUGGACUCCGCCCAGGUGUCUGGCGGUCCCGCUCGACCUCCUCGGCUCUCCACGCAUCUUCUGAAAAAAGGAGAGCUUCUCACAGACGACGAGAAGGCUGCUGCCGACAACGCGGUUUCGCGUGAACUGGCGGGGAACGUCGCACGCGGCACACAGGGUGCCCAUCUGGGAAGCUUCGGAUCUCCACACUCCUGUGCGGAGUGUAGUCCGACGCCGUCGGGUGCGGGAGCUCGCGACGACUUUUCUGACUCGCCUGCUCUCAGUCAGCUGGAGAGAAACGACCAGUCCCCCCCGCUUUUUCAAGAGGAGUAUCUACACACGACUCCUGCAAGGCUCGACGAAGAUGAAGAAGACGUUUUGAGGAGGGCGGAGCGGGUGAUUCUGCAGCAGCGGAGUCGUCUUGAACAACUUUCCUCUCUUCUGUUGCGGACAGAAAACGAGAAAGUCGCAGCCUACAAGGCGAGUCAGGAGGAAGUUGAAAGAUAUUUGGAGGAGAACAGGAAACUGCGGCUUCAUCUGGACGCCGCAAAUGGCGAGGUGGCUGCUAUGAGCACCGUGCACAUCCGCCAAGAAAAAAUGCUCGACCAACUCACUUCGACUUUGGCAGCGGCAGAGAAGGGAAUCGAAGAUCGAGAUCGUUUGCUGUCUCUGGCGCAGCGUCAGGACAAGUCCGAGGAAAACGAGCGUCUGAAGUCCGAGGUGCAGCAGCUGAAGUGUCGCGUGGAGAAACUGACUCGAGGGGCGACGGUUGGGAGUUUGGCGGACCUCACCGACGGCGACCCGCGAGGCGCUGGAGAUGUGGCUGCUCAACUCGCGAGAGUCCAGCGAGACAUCGACCAGCAUCGCGGAACGGGAAAGCAGCUGGGCCUCACUUUCCAGGAGCUUCGAGUUUCGCGCAUGUCUCUCAUGCAAUCUCAAUCAGAUCUCCUCGAGGCACAGAAGAUGGUCGAGGAGCAACGCCUUGAGAUUCAACGGCUGUACAAAGUGAUUGAAUCCUUGAACCGAGAAAAGUCCUUGGUUCCCCCCGUUGUACUGGCGCCAGCGAAUGCGCUUGCGGCGCAAGGCACUCAGGAGCAGCUCGGUGUGUUGCUUUCUCAAGUUCACGCUCUGACGGAGAAAAUCGACUCUGGAAUCGCGUCGAAGCCCCAGGAGUCAGAGACGUUCUCCAGCGUCCACAUGAGCAUUUUAGAGGAGCAGAGAAAUCUUCUUGCGAAGGUGCUAACAUCCUUGGAAGAACUUGCCAUGUCUCGGUUCGCUGAGGACAGAUCGCGCCGCCGGGACAUGGACAGAGACGUCUUCUUUACAGCGACUCUUCUGCACGGCCAGACGGACGACCCUGAGGAGAUUCCGCUCUACGAAGAAAAACUCGUUGCCGUUCGAGCAUCCGCGCUCGCCAUCUUCGAGGACCCAGAGGAUGAGGAACCGGCGAUCGUUCUCAGUUCGCACAAAGUCCGACAAGUGCGUCAGGACUACAAUGAGCUCGUGUUUGAGAUUGACUACGAAGUACGGCCCGGAGUCUCUGAGUACCACUACUUGCGGUGUCAGACCGACGACGACAUGGAGAAGUGGCUUUACGCGCUGAUGUAUUCCGGCUUCGUGUCAGCGCCUAAGGCAGCUCCUGCGUCGCUCCCGCAAAUCCCCAAGCCGAAGGACAGCCUCUCUUGGAUCGUCCCCUCUGGAAAGUCUCCCGAGGGUCACAGUGUCCCUAUCUGCCAAAACAACGCCACCGCCUUUUACAAUCAAGAAAACAACAUGCUCAUUUGUGAGGCGAAAGGGGAUCCGCCGAGCGUGUUGUGCAUUCCUUGCGACCGCGUUUUCCUCACCGAAGACCGCGACAACGGCGUCAUCCAGUUCCAUCUGAAGGAGAAUCCGAAGGAAACGUACAUGCUCAAAGCUCCCAAGGAGACGUUCGAGGAAAUUGCUGAGAUUGUGCACCGCGGAACGUACGCCAGCCGAGUCAAACCAGCGUCUCCGAAGCCGAGACAGGAAGCCGCCCCCGCCAAGCCGGUCGCCGUCAAGAAAGCCGAGCCGAUCAAGGCAGACACACCUGCGGAGCCGAAGAAGGAGGAAAAGGAAGAUGAACUGUUUAUCGUCCGAGACGGUUACUUGAUGUUGAUGGAGCAUGCGAACGAUCCGGAGCCUCUGCUCAAGCUGUUCCACUCCGACUGCAUCACUACGCCAGACGAUGCGAACAAAGAAUUCGUCAUUCGCCAUAUGCCGGGGACGCCUGACGAGGAGUCCUACGUCUUCGGCUUUUUGACGGACGAAAUCUACCAAGGGUGGUACAAGAAGCUGAAGGAGAACGGCUUCCUUGACCGCAAAGACGAAGGCUCUGUGCGGACCAACCAAGUCUGCGUCGUCACGCAAAACACGCUCGCUUUGUAUCGAUACUACGGGAGUCCUGGCGCGAAGCCUGUGAUGGAAAUGCUUGCCGAGAGAUGUCAAGCGACCUCGAGUCGAGAAAGACGAGAAAUUCGCAUUAUUCACACCACUCCCACCGGCAAACGCGAGCGCAUUAUUCUCGAUUGUGCCACCCUCGCUGAGUUCGAUCGGUGGAACGUCGCUCUCCAAUUCGGUGGCUUCCUCAAGUCUGAAGGGGAUGGCAAGAACGGUGGACGCAAGAACUACGCCAACCUGAACAAAUACGUCUUCCCCGUCAACCUGUUCGAAGAUGAGUCGGGACAACGUUCUCUCGCCCUGGUCGUGAAGGAUCGAACGAUUUUCCUGUACCCUGCCCCACAAGCCGAAAGUCCCAUCAUGUGCAUCCCGGCGGCAGAUGCUCAGGUGCAGUACGUCGUCGAGCAUCGAAAAAUUCGCGUCUACGUCCGCCGUAACACGGACGAGGAGGAGAGAAUCGAUUUCAUUUUGCCACUCGCGAAAGAUUACGACAGAUACUCAACGGAACUGCAGCAACAAAGGUUCCCUCCGGCGAAGGAGAAGAACAGAGGAGGCAGCAGGAAACCGUUCAUCAUCUGCAAGAAAAACCUGCUGGCGUUCUACAAGAAUAAAUAUCGCAAGUCUCCGGAGUUCAUCAUCGAGAAGGACCUGUACAAGGUGGACAUUUCCUCGACUCGCGUCAUUACCUUUAAGCCUCUGCAGCCGACGUCCGAAAAGGGGGAGUCUCUCAUUCAAAGAAGUCUCACAGUGACAACAGAUCUGCAGUGGAACAAGUGGCAGUUCUGUCUGAAACUCAUCGGCUUCCGAAGUUUUGCAGAGUCGACCCCGCCUCGAUUCUUUCCGCAAAUCAUUUACGGAUUCGUGUCCGCCCCGGCCGCAGAUCUGCGCGGUCCUGGGCGAAUGUUCGGGCGCCUUGGAUUGGACACUCCUAAGGAUCGUGUCUCCUUUGCGGUGCCCGAAGAUGACGCUCAGGAUCUUUCUUCGCGGUCCUCUACCAGCGGCAGCGGUUGACAUUGAAUAAAACAGUGGAGGAGUAAAUCAAAGAUUGGACUGACUGCCUUCGGCGAGAAGUGCGCCGCCGAAGGAGGAACAGUCGCGACGAAGGAAAACGGAAAAAGAGCCUCUAGGCUCCUUGGCAGGGCCACCCUCAGCUUUUCGCGAAUCCCACCGAACAGCACGCAACGGCUUACAGAAUGAGCGUGCAGGGACGGCCGAGAAGAGACGGAAACUGGAAAUUGGCGAAGAGCUUUCGUCUGCAGGGUCGGUGUUGUUCGGUGUAUUUCUGGCGGGAUUUUCGUUUCUCUCGUGAGAGAGACAUGAUGGAAGCCUGUGGACCACGUGGAACCUUGGAGAUGGAUGUGAAAUGGGGAAUGAGAGACAGGGUCGCGCGUUCAGAGGGAAGGAAAGAAAUCUGUGGCUUGUGAACAGGAGAAAUGAGCAAUAUGGGUGCCGGCCAUGUGGGCCAACGAUCAUGGGUUUCUGCCACACGGAAAAGUCUUUCUUCCCUAAUUCGUUCAAGCUAGUGCAGGCUGAGAUUCGGGAUCCGGGGCAGCGUGUGUUGGGAAGCGCUUCAGUGAAAAUGCACAAUAGAAGGAUCAGACCGGAUGUUUCUCUCGAGGUGGAUUCGACACCCCGCUUUCGUCAUUGAGGCGUUGCGUGUGUCUUUGUUGGGCGAAGAAAAACAGCCAAGAGCGGCG